UGCUGCUGGUGGUGGGUAGGAUUGGAACAAAAAGUGGAGAAUGCACUCCCUUGUCUCUCCCAGCUCCCUUCCUCCCUCCCUCUUGGCUACCCCUUUUCCUUCCAUUUUUCCUUCCUUCCUAUCUGCAUGAAAUUAGGCCAGGGAAUGAGGUUUCCCACCCCAUCCCUAGUGCUCAGUGAUGUGGGUAAGUCCAACACAGUUAGACCAUGCUGACUCUUAUCUGGAGUAGCCCUACUGCAGCGCUAAACAAUGUAUACCUUCCAAGCCAAAAGGCAGUAUACUUUUAUAUCCAUCACCUCAAGCUAUGGAAUAUCUGCAGCAUUUAUUACUGUCGUCACCUCCCCCUUCUUCCUCAGAUGUCUUAUGUAAGAGGAAGCGAAUCAAUAGGAGUCUUCACUUCCGAUCCUUGUUCAGCAAUGGAAACAGAACUGCUGCUGGCUCCUAUCACAGCUCUGGAGAUUGUGGAUGAUCACCUUGUUGCAGGUGAAGGACCCUACAUUGCCAUCUACUCCCUGGAGCCUGAUGCCAGCCAGUCAGCAAGAUGCUAUAAGAAGGUCCUUCGAAACCAUAAUGUCCAUGGUAUCAAGGAGCAGCAGGAUGCGGCCCCAGGAGCAACCACCCUAGCUGUCUUUGGAGGCAAAGGCCUUGUCGUUUUACAGCUCAGCUUCCAGGGCGGCACGGCAAAACUAGCUGAACUCUUUCCUUUCCGCGAGCUGCACGACUGGAUCUGGGACCUGCAGCGGUUGGAGGCACCUGGCUGUGUGGCUUUGGCCCUGGGCCACAACUCAUUGGCACUGUACGACUGCGCUGGCCAGAGGACCCUUCGGGAAGUGCACUGCCAGGAGAAGUGCAUCCUCUACUCAGCCCACCUGGUUGGGAGCAGCUGGGAGACGCUGGUGCUGGUGGCUGGCACAGUAUUUAACCAGCUGGUGGUCUGGUGCGCAGCCGACCCGACGGACAACGCAGGCAGAGUAAAGCCCCGCAGCAGGAUCAACGGGCACAAGGGCGUCAUCUUCAGCAUCUGCUUCUCAGAGAGCAAAAGCAUCUUGGCCUCGGCCUCAGAUGACAGGAGCCUGCGGCUGUGGGGCGUCGGCGACCUCAGAUCGCCCCCUGACCCUGUCCCAUGCUUGCUGGUGUGCUACGGGCACCAGUCUCGGGUCUGGUCGGUGCGCUUGCUGAGCAGCUACAUCCUCAGCAUUGGGGAAGACGCCGCUUGCCUCGUGUGGAACUACCAGGGCGAGAUCGUUCACCGUUUCAAAGGGCACAAGGGGCGUGGCCUCCGGGCAGUCGCCGCCCACGAGAGGCGGGGCUGGGUGUUCACAGGAGGGGCCGAUUCUGGCAUCAGGCAGUGGCUCCUUAAAGGGCAGAGCGACGGCGGGGACAGCCUUGUGCGGCUGGACUUCCCCUCACCUCGCACAAAAGGGUCUCCCAGAGCGGUGAAGCUGGUGGAUGUAAACCACCUCCUUGUGAUGACAGAUGCCGGGGCUGUCUACGCCUAUGACUUGACCUCUAAAGCCUGGGCGUUGGUCCUCGAGGAUGCUGCGUAUCGGUCUUACAGCCUCCUCGAAGUCUCCGUGCUCAUCAGCGGUGUCAUGGCGUGUGCCAUGGGCAACCUGUCGGGACAGGUUAAAGUCUUCCCUCUCUGCAGCCCUGCAGAAAGCAAGGAGCUGAAGCUGUACGAGGGGAAAGUACACAGCCUGAGUUGGGCCUCCUACGCAGGGCAGGAUCCCGGCACUUGCAGCCUCUUCGUUUCCGGAGCAGCCGGUUCCUUGCUGUGGCUGGAGGUCUCUCUUGGCCCACCCGAGGGAGUCGCUGUGGUGGUGAAGCGAUGCUUCCGCCUGCCUCUCUGCAAGCAGCGAUGGCACACAUGCGCUGCCUUCAUGCCUCGGGGAGAGCUGCUGCUCUGCGGCGACCGCAGGGGCUCCCUCAUGCUGUUUGAGUGCGAGCCAGCUCAGGCCUUGAGCAGAGGAGCAGGAGUCGGCUCCUCGGACCCAGAGAGGGUCUCCGGUUUGCCCGGCCCGGCCUUUCCUCUCACAGGGGAAGAGCCGCUCGCCGAGGGCCCCGUCUCUCUGCUCUUUGGCCUGCACGGAAAGCUGGGCGUCACCUCCAUCACCUGCCACCAGGACUUCAUCUACAGCACCGGUCGGGACAGCUGCUACCGCCAGCUGCAGGUGCAAGGCCGCCAGCUGCGCGUGCUGAGGAAGCACAGGCCGUGCAAGGGCCUGGAUUGGCUGGAGGAGCUGCACUUCGGCCCCGAUGGGAGCGUGUGGGUGCUGGGCUUCCACGCUGACCGCUUUGUUCUCUGGAGCGCCAGCAGCAACGAGAUGCUGCUGUCUGUCCCUUGCGGUGGCGGCCACCGCUCUUGGAGCUAUGCCCACUGCCUCCAGGUGGGAACCUUUGCUUACAUCAAAUCCGGGGAUGUGGUGGUGUACCAAAGUCAAGAUGCGCACAGCGGGCAGCGCAUCCUCAAGGAGUCCCUGCACGGGCGGGAACUGACGUGCGUUUGCCACAUCGGGGUUUUGCAGGCACCCGGGCAGGAGCCGGUGAGCACCCUUGCCACCGGCAGCGAGGACGGCACGGUCAAUAUUCUGACCUACAGGGCGCAGUCUCGUACGGUGACCCAGCUCACGGCUCUGGGCGACCACAUCUCGAGCGUGAGAGCUCUGGCUGUGGCCAAGGACACUCAGCCCAAGGCAGGAAGUAUCUCUGCCAUCCUCUUCUCAGCUGGAGGACGGGCCCAGAUUGAGUGUUACCGGAUGCUGCUCAGCCCCAGCCAUAGCUCUGGCGGCGGUGUAGUCCACCAGCUGGUCCACGUGGCUUCUCACCGCCUGGAUGAGCAGUGGGACCACAGGAAGAACAGGCACAAGCUCGUCAAAAUGGACCCGGAGACCAGGUAUAUGUCUAUUGAGGUCCUGGCUGGUGUGGAGUACCCAGAGCUUCCUGUUCCCUUGCUCUUCCUAGCUGCUGCUUGCAGUGAUGGCUCUGUCCGCCUCUUCCUGCUGCUUGAGCAUGCCCAGAAGCUGCAGCUUGUGGCAGAAUCCUUUCACCAUCAGCACUGUGUCCUGAAGGUCCAGGCGUUUGCAUGUAAAACAGCAGGUGGAGGAAGAAGGCACUGGUUGAGCAGCGCUGCCACCGACGGGAGCAUUGCAUUCUGGGAUUUCACCCCUACCCUUAACCGUGCUGCAGAGGCCUUGAAGGUGGAAGGCACAGAAAUGAAGCUUCUGGGCCUGGGUACCCCAGUCCUGACCAUCCAGGCUCACAGCUGUGGAGUGAACAGCCUCCACAUCCAGCAAGCAGCCGGCGGGCAUUUCCUGGUGGCCAGCGGCAGUGAUGACGGUUCCAUCUCUCUCAGUGCUGUUGAAGUGGAUGCUGGAAGCGACGCCGACCAGGAAGCCAUCGCUGGGACCGGCAUCCGCCUUCUCAGAAACUCCUCGAGGCUCUGCGCCCAUGCAGCUCAUGUGACGGGGGUGAGGCUCCUGCAGCCAGACUUCCUCCUCUCCGUCUCGGUGGACCAGCGCCUGGCCCUCUGGCACCUUCACGAGGACAGCCUGUCUUUCGUCGGCAGCAAAUUCUGCCACGUCGCCGACGCAGCUGGCCUGGAGUGUUGGGAGGCUGGGGCCCGUAACUGCCACAGCGUGAUCUGCGGACAGGGGCUGGAAAUCCUCCGCUGCAGCCUAGAUGGGCCAGGUGCAGAAACAGAAAAUGGUGUAUGAAGGAACUGUGUAACCACCUUUAUUCUGCUGGGAUGGAGAGGAGCUUGAGCGACCCACCGGGGCACAGAGGGCUGUCAUGCGAAAGCAGCAAGGACCGGAAGAAAUACUUUGCCCCUCUCUUCAGGGAGAAACCGCUUCCUCCAGAACCAUGCAGAUACUGUCCCUGAUAUGAUGUAGCUUGCCCGCUUUUCUUUGCCUUGUGGCUUGUGGGCAGUUAUACCGGAGCUUAGCCAACCUAUUUUGACAGAGGGCCUGUCAUGAGAAAUGUAGUAAUAAAUCUGCAUCCGCUGGUUAAAUGGCUUUAAAUGCCUUUUCCUUGCAAAUAUAUGCCAUGCUGUCAACUCCCCCCCCCCUUUUUUGCGGGAAAUUCCCUUAUUCAGCGCCCUUACUUUCAUAUCCAGGAGUUGACAGCACAAUAGGAUUUCCUUAUCUUCAAAUCCGGAGGUUUGACAGCUAUGUAUAUGUCCUGGAUUUCAGCCUCCUCUUCUGAUUACCGCGGAGAAACGUAGGAAGCUACUUUAUACCAGGACAGACUUCUUUGUCCAACUGCCCCAGGGUUUCUCCAGGCUCUCAGGCAAGUCUUUCCCCCCCACGCUACCUAUUUGAUA